UCGAUUCUGUUAUUUGUCGUUUAAACCGCCAAAGAGAAAGGCACGAGGUAACUUUCCUAACGUGCCCAUAUCAAAGCCAGUUUGUUUGUGAGCUGAGAGAUAGAAUCGAACUGUUGGGCCUAUGUGUGCGAAUGGUACCCCAUUCGGAAGACCCAUGUGCAUACACACGGAUAGUGUUGUUUGUGCGUUUUUAUAUUCGAUCUAUUAAUCGGUUACCGAUAUUUCUAACGGGGCUCAGAGAUCGACAAAAAACGUGAUGCGUACGAAAGGGACAACCAUAUGCUGAAAUUCCCUGGCAUGAACUUUGUUCCUAAAGUCUAAGGAUACAUUUGCGUUGUGCCUGGUAAACAUAAUGCAGUAUUAGGCUUAUAUAUUUCGAGCCAAACGCAUUUGUUAGUUUCCCAACGAGGGCGAAAUUUGUCCGGUCGCAAGCAGUCGUACCGUUCAACGAAGCAAUGGCCAGAUGGAAAGCGAUAGGCCAUGCUGUUAUCGUCGCCUUUACGUGCUACUUCAACUGCUUACCACAGGCCGCAUUGGCGGCAUCAGAGGCCCAGUUAAAGUUUCUUCCAGUACUCGCUGCGUCCUCGACUAGCAAAGAAGAUAGAUUCCGUUCUCCGCGUGAAUUCAAUGGUCUUUUAGUGAAUAAAAGUCGACCCCUUAAUGCGACUAUUGACGUGGCUAUGCGGAAACAGAUUAUCGGUCCUGUUGAACAUUACACAGGUCUUACUGAGGCCGCGGCUACGCACUAUCGUCAACAGUCUCAACAGGAAGUAGUCCGCAGACAAGAAUCUUUCAAUUUUGGUGAUGGUCAUUCGAGAAAUUACCGAGGAGGCCGGGGCUACAAUUCGGGUUAUAGUGUUCAAGGAUCUCCGGAGCAUCUCGGCCCUCCUCACGGAGAACACUACUCCAGCCGACAUCAUAGUGAGCAGAGAUUCGGUGGUCAAGAUGGCGGAUACCCCAGCACCCGCCUCCACCAAGUUCCCGUCCGCGAGAAUCGCGUUGAAGUCCGUAUCCACGACUAUCGAAGAGACCAAGGAAUUACUAAUGAUGCAGUUGGUAUUUGGCAACAACGACAGCGCCGUCAUCGAGGAGCCCAAAAUCCCAGUGAUCGAGACGAAGGCAGGCAGAGUCGCCCAGGACAGGGGUUUUCAGGACAGAACGAUCUGCUUCCCAGCCAAAAUCGGCUUUUCGAUAGCGGGGUAACCGGGGGGUCAUUCGAUAAUGGACCUGAUGGUGACUCGUCCUGUGGACCUCGCAGCCUGUGCGUUGAGUCCAAUGGACUUUUCCCCGUUGACGGAAAUUGUUGCGGUUUCGUAUCUUGUGCUAAUUGUCGUCCUUACACACAACGCUGUGCUGCGGGCACCGUAUUCGAUCUGGACUUGUGGGCGUGUAAUCAUGUACGCGAUACCGAGCGCUGCGCUGGGAAUAAUCGAGAGUGCGCCCAUACUGAAGUGAAUCUUAGGGGCGAUUAUGGUGACUCUACGGAAGAAGGCCAAGGUGGCCACGGGAGGCAAAGCAGUUCACGAGGUUACCAUGAUUCGGAUGACUCACUGUAUCACGGGUCUUUCCAUAAUGGGCAGCCGUACCAAAUGCGCCACCAUUCGCCGCAGUACAACAGUGGUGACUACGGCGGUGGUUCUCCGAGUCACCGAGGACCUGGCUGGGAAUUUGCCGCGGCUUCGGAACCGAAGGUGUCCAGCAAAAGUGGAAAGGUUCUACGAGUUAGUAAAGAAGUCAUUGCCACCUUGAAGAAAAAGAAGGCAGUUGCUUAGGAACGUUACACCUUUUAGUGCAAAGCAGCUGAACGACGCUCCGUAUUCCACAACGGUUAUCAACUAUUGGGACCAGCCGUUGCUGAAACACUUCAUAAAGGGCACGCGGGGGUAGCACAGACGAUCCAGUCAGUGAUCUCGAUAUCAAAAAAUUACAACCGAUUCUUCGAAAAAACAAUGGUGCUUCAACUACGCAAUCAAUGGUUAAAUCUGUAUUUCUGCUUACGAAUCCGUACGACGGUCCUUUUUCUAAUACACUCUAGUGAUUUACCUCGGACUGCCAUAUUCCUUUUGUUAACAUAGACUCGCUUUUACCUUAUACAUGCUUCCAUACGUAGUUCGCGAGUAGGAACAAGCCCUAAAAAAUAAUUCUCCUAAAGGCUUACUGACCGCGCGUGUUUCUUCUAUAAAUCUAUCGACUUUAUGUCUAUUUUUGUCAAUAUAUGACUGAAUGAUGCUAACUCAAUAGUUCGUACUCUUAAGGGAUUUUAUUCAAAGCUAUUUAAUUAAAUAAAUUCUUAUAUUGAAAAGUGUUACUAGAACAAUGACAAAAUGUCAUUUAGAGAAGAAUAAUUUUCCCGAUAUGGGUCUAGCUUUAUAAUUAUUUUACGGAGCUCAUCGUUCUACUUAGUUAUACAGUGGAAAUAGUUGUUAAACUUAAACCUUACAUAACUAGUUUUUGUAGGCGAUCCCACGAGCUCACACGUAUGUAUGAUUGUUAUGCUACUAUUGCCCCGAACUCAACGAGGAGAAAUGAUUAUACCAUACUCGAUCAACUACCAUCUAGCGUUUCGAACUUUUUUUACGAUGCUGUGACGCGUUGCUUCAAAUUUCCGGCUUUUCUCAGCACGAACCAAAGCAUGUCCGCAGCUGGUUUCGAACUCUGACCACUCCACAUGUCUCUAAGCUUAAACGCAAGUAGACAUACACGUUACUUCUGUGCCAAUUCACACGAUGCCUCACCGGGAGCACUUACAGUCAUCUAUAUUUUUCUUCUAAUGGGAAUCAUUUUGUUUGUUUUCAUGCCUUCAUACACGUUUGUAAAACGCUGCAAGUUGUAACAUCUUUAUCUUUUAGCCAUUGAUUUUAGGCACGAAGUUCAUACCAUUUUUGUAAAAGGUCGAUGUUACGGGUUGUUCUUAGACGUUAAGAAAGCAAUUUUGACAUCUUGACAUCCUCUAAAGUAUCUUGCAUAAAGCAUUAUACAUCUUGAACAAAAUAAAACAAAUCCAAAGUCCAAUUUGAAGAUCUCGAUGGAUCAUCUCGGAAUGCACAAUUUAACAUAUACGUAUAUAUAUAUAUAUAUAUAUAUAUAUAUAUAAAUAUAUAUAUAUAAAUAUAUAUGUAUAUAUAUAGAUGUAAUAUAGAUUUGUGAAUUGAUGUAACCAGUUGCUACUUCUGAAUAUGUAAAAUUAAGUUCAGAUUGCUUUUUUGUGAGGUAUUACGUGUUAUAAUAUCACUGCAUAGUCCACCUGCAUGGGAAGGAGUUCUCGUAAACGUGAUACAUGCAAAAACACCACCUGUGUAUCAUACACCUGCACAGACCCCACUCUUUCAAAGAAAGACAGUUCGAACUACGGCACCGAACACUGUAAACUAUGAAUAGUGCUAAAGGAUGAAAAAAAAAUUAUACAUCAAAUUAUUAAGCAAACAAAACAUUGCCAUCCGAAAUUGUCUCGCGGAAAUAGCAGUCAAGUACGAGGCCGACAUUACCCUAGUGCUGGAUAGUAGCAACAGGACUAAUAGAUACCUUUCAACACGGUUGGCGAAUAUCAAACACUAAUGUCGUUUCAUACAACAGAAAAUCAUAAAACAUGGAACGUUACAACGUAACCAGCAGCGUUUAUUUAUACACAAGUCAGAUUUUUUUCAAAUAACUAUAAUAAAUAGUAAUUUGUAGGUAAUAAAAAACCUUUCCACAGACGCCGCAUGUAAUUUUUCGUAUCUGAAAGUUGCUCAUUUAAUAAAUUUAGAUGCGAGAUAAAGUUCGCCAUACGCCAGCAUUGAGGUGUUCCGUAAUCGAAAUUACGUAUGGUAUUAACUAAUUGAGCACUCGUCGCUGUCAGCAACGCGUUGAGGUCAGUCUUAAAAUUCAGUUUUUAAUUAGUGAUGGUAAGAAUCUAAGAAGGUGCCAGAUAUCGAUGUUCCGUUGCAGUAGGCUUGACCUACGGUCUGAUUUCAAUGCUUCAUGUACUCUUUUGGAAUCCAAAAUAAACAAAGUUCUAAAUAAAAUUUGCACAUUUUUUUUAGUAACUAUAAUUACCUUCCAUAUUCUGAGAGUGGACAAAAGUAGGUAUUAAAUCUAAGAAAAAAUUUGAUUCACUGAGCCUACUUUUCUUUAGGCUAUGCUGGAAUCACUCUUGGACAACAAUCUUAUUAUUUGCAGCCAACCUUGCUUUAGUGUACAAUAAUAGUUAAUAGUAAUAAUAAUAAUAAUAAUAAUUACAUAUUAUUGGUGUUCCUGUUCAUUUCUGUUAACAGACAACAAGACAGAUUUAAUAAAUGGCAUCCGGACUCUGGGGUUCCGACUUAGCCAAUGGGGGAAUCGGGUUUUUAAUUAUAAGAUAUUGUAAUCCCAAUUUAUCUACUCUACAAGUAUAUUAAUUUAGGCUUUGGGAGCGUUUAGUAGUACGUUAUUUUAGUUUCGGUUGUAAUGAUCGGUAUGUUUUCAGAUUUCGCUUUAUCGCUCCUCAAUUGUUUUAUUAGGUUUUUGCGAAAAUUAGCUUGGCCUCUUUAUGAAAAUAACUAACGUAUAAUUAACAAAUAGAGUGGCUUGCAAAAUUGAUUAUCCUGAGCGUUUUUUAAUCACAAAAACAGAAUCAGAAUGUUUGUGUUAUUAUUAUGAAAUAGCAAAGAGGCCGCGUUUCGUACUGUAUUGUUAGCCUCUCAUUCUAGUCCAUUAGAUAUUUUGGGUUCUUAAAUCUGGUACUGCCGUUCGAUAUUGCUUUAAAUGGGUGUUCUGCAGCUCCAAGUGAAAAAUAUAUACGGCUGCUUUUGAACCUAAACCAUUUAGCGCCUAGUGUGGCUAU